CCUGCGCACGUGGUACUUCCGGCAAGCGCGUUUCCUCGGCCUCUACCUGGUUGUUUAGGGUGGCGCGGGUUGCGUACUCGGUGUGAGUCGUCGAGAGGGUGCCUGUCCAGUCCUCGGUCGUUGCGCCCUGUCCCUCCUGUUUUUGAGCGGGACCUCGAGUGAGCCCGCCCGCGCCUCCAGCCAUGGUCUCUCUGCUCGCCAAGGAUGCCUACCUGCAGAACCUGGCCAGGAAAAUCUGCUCCGGGCCCAGCGCGGAGCCGCAGAAGCGCAAGUCAGUGGUCAAAAGUCCAGGCUCAGAAGCUGCUGGGCCCCCAAAAAAGAAGAGGAAGAGGGCACAGAAGAAAUCCCGGGAUCAGGAGAAGAAGGUUGUGGAGCCCAAGGCCCAGGCCCUGGGGGAGAAGGCCUGGGGCCCUUCCGGGGCCCCUGCAGGUGGCCUGGCUGCAGAGCCUGAAUCCUUCUUUGCCCUGGAUGUUCUGCGGCAGCGGCUGCAUGAAAAGAUACGGGAGGCCCGGGGCCAGGGCAGCACCGAGGAGCUGUCCCCCACAGCUUUGGAGAAAAGGCGGAGGCGGAAGCAGGAGCGGGACAGGAAAAAGAGGAAGCGGAAGGAGCUGAGAGCCAGGGAGAAGGCCGCCAAGGCAGCGGAGGCCAUGGAGGCUGCUGUGCCGCCAGCCAAAGCGCCGAGUGAGGAGACCCCGGGAAAGCCGGGGUUGUUGUUCAACAAGGUGGAGGUGAGCGAGGAGCCACCUGCCACCAGGGCACAGCGCCGGCGGGAGAAGCGGCAGAGGCUCAAGGGCAACCUGCCACCGCUGACCGGGAAGAACUAUCGGCAGCUGCUGGAGCGGCUGCAGGCGCGGCAGAACCAGCUGGAGGCGCUGCGCGGGCAGGACGCAGGCAAGGCGCAGGAGCUGGAGAGCAAGAUACAGUGGACGGCCGCGCUGUACCGGGCAGAGGGGGUGCGCAUCCGCGAUGACGAGCGCCUGCUGCAGGCCGCCCUGCGGCGCAAGGAGAAGCGGCGGGCGCAGCGGCAGCGCAGGUGGGAGAAGCGCACCGCCCACGUGGUGGAAAAGAUGCAGCGGCGGCAGGACCAGCGGCGCCAGAACCUGCGCAAGAAGAAGGUGGCUAAGGCCGAGCGACGCAAGGAGAAGGCCCGCAAGAAGGGCCGCGUGCUGCCCCAGGACCUGCAGCGCGCUGGCCUGGCCUGAGGGGCGGGCGGGCCGGCCGGCCGGGUGCACCCGCGUCGCCAGCCUGCACAGGGCUCAGGUGGCAGGAGCAAAAGCAGGUUAGUGAGAGUAGGAGCCUGGCCCCAGGCUGGGCGCGGGCAAGCCAGUUCAGGCUCCAGCCUUUUCUGGUGGAGCUGGAAAGCCCCCCGAAGUUUGUGGUUGAGGGACAAGGGAGCAGUGUGAGGGGUAGGUUCCCGUGUUCACAGGAGCAGGACAGGAGUGGCCUUGGUGAUGCCUGUGUUGGUCCAGAACUCUCUUGGAGGAGCCAAAACCCAAUGCUGUGACCAAGCCCCGGUGGAGCUGAUGGCUCCAGUCACUGGGAGUGACCGAGGGUGUGCCUGGAAUCAGUUUAUUCUGUUUAUUUGUAAAAAGGACAAAAACUAGAAUUCAAGUUAGAUGUGCACAUCAGGGGUUCUAAGACAACCCCGCAAGGUGGGAGCAGUGUUGAGAGAGGGGACAAGCGGGUGGGGGCAGGGCAAAGGCUGCGGGGGAGGCGGGGGAAGAACCGGAACUGAGGCAAGUGAGGCGGGGCGGAGUGAGCCCAAGCCCGAGGCCGUGGAACGCAGGUGGAAAAAACAAGGUGGGUGGCAUUUCAAUAAAGCAGGCGCUGAAACUGUUUUGGUCGGACUCCA